UCGUGGGGAGGAGGACAUUUUUGAGCAGUCACUAGGAAAUGAGAGCUUUGAAGUUCCUUCCUGAGUCUGACUCCGAGACAUAUUUCAUUUGGAAUAUCACAAAGGAGGAUCUUUUAGAAGGGAAAUGGCUACUUAAGGACACACAUAACACAGGACAGUGAGUUUACACAGUGAUAUUCAUCUGUUGUUCUGCUAACUGUUAAGCACUUCUAUCCCUGGAAUCACACCCCAGUCACUGGUUCCUGUGAAUAUGAAAUGACUGAAUCAAGCUGGGGAGGUCAAAACGCUUCUUAUAUUGAAAGUCUUGUAAACUUCUGUUAGCUUAGAGGAACAAAACUUCCAGAGUUCUUGAGAGAUGGCUCUGGAGACAUGUGGAAGCUGUUUGAGUUGUCUGCUGGUGCCUCUUGCACUUUGGAGUAUUGUUGUGAACAUCCUCCUUUACUUUCCCAACGGGAAAGCUCUGCAUGCUGCCUGGUACCAGCACCCCGGCCAUGAGUGGUAUUUUGAAGGCAUCUCUUUCUCAGGUGUGAUGAUCCUUCUUUUGGCAGUAAUUUUAAUAACACUGGAGUGUAGUGUGUUCUAUCGGUGCUGCCAGAGUGAGAGCUGUAACAAAACCUACAGGAGUUUUAUUUCUAUUGUGUUAGCCCUGCUUGGAAUUGCUUUCUCGGGAUACAGUUGCAUCAUUUUUACCCUGUAUUUGAUUAAAGGCCCUUUCUGCAAUUCAUCAAGUGGAUGGAAUUAUAUUUUCAAAGACACUGCUGGAGGGUACCUGACAGAUUACCCUGCCUGGUCUAAGUGCACAGAACCUCCUAACAUAGUGGAGUGGAACAUCAUUUUACUCUCAAUUUUGAUAGCUCUCAGUGGAUUGCAGUUGAUUAUCUGCAGUCUCAAAGUAGCCGCGGAGUUGAAACGAACACUCUGUGGGACCUAUUCUGUUUUUGUGCAGGCUGGGAUUCUCUGAAAAUGGCAAGGAAAUUGUUGCUGCUUCUCCCUCACCCCCAGAAAAAGAGAGAAAUGUCCUCACCAUAAUCCAUAGUGGUAGACUUGAGUGCUAUAAAGGAAAAUGAAACCCUCGUCUUAAAUCUCUGUCUGUCAGACUUCUCUGUUUUGGAUUAAGUAUAUUUGAACUGACAUAUGCAUUUUUCUUCACCUGUCCUAUUGCACCUAGCAGGUACACUUCUUUUUUUUACCCUCCAACUUGUUGUGACAAUAAGGAUGUUUGAAUACAAUGGAACUGCUUUUGUAUUGAAAUAACUUUUUUUUUUUUUUUAAUAAACUGUUUUAGAACUGC